UAUUGGCUGCCACGGGAGAGCGUUGAAUGGCCAUUGGCUAGAAGUAGCGAAGUAGGCGUGGUCUCGGACGGACGGGAGAAGAGUCUGGGCAGAAGUUGCCUCCUGUUUUCCGGUGACCGUAUCCAGUCUGUACGAGAGAACAGGACGCGGAACCGUGACCUGAGGAAUUCUGCCGGGUGUACACAAGCAUUUCAGAAAGAAGCCACCAUGGAUGAUGAUAGGACAUUAGAGGACAUCCAGCUAAAGGCGCAUCAGGUCACCGAUGAGUCUCUAGAAAGCACACGUCGGAUGCUGACCCUUGUAGAGCAGAGUCAAGAUGCAGGAGUUAAAACACUCACUAUGCUCGAUGAACAAGGCGAACAACUAAAACGCGUUGAAGAAGGAAUGGACCAGAUUAACAAAGAUAUGCGAGAAGCCGAGAAGAACCUAACAGAGCUGAACAAGUGUUGUGGCCUUUGUGUCUGUCCGGGAAAGAGAUUUUUCAGGUUCAAGCGCAGGCGCAGGGCAAAAAAUUUCGAAGCUGGAGAAGAUUAUAAGAAAACAUGGGGAUCAAAAGAUCAAGGAACAGAAGAUGUGAUCUCCAGGCAGCCCCACCAGGGGGUAGGUGUGAACCAGCAGGGUGUAGCUGGGACAAGCAGUGGAUACGUAAAUAGGGUUACUAAUGAUGCCCGGGAAGAUGAAAUGGAUGAGAAUUUGCAUCAGGUUGGCAACAUAUUAGGUAACUUAAAGAACAUGGCUUUAGAAAUGGGCAACGAAAUUGACAGCCAGAACAAAUUGAUCGACCGAAUUAAUGAGAAGGCGACCGCCAAUAAAGAUCGCAUUGACGAAGCCAACGUAAGGGCUAAGAAACUUAUUGAGUGAAGAAAGCUGCAGGAUCCAGUCUAUGAAUUUUCACCGUGAUGGUGUAAUGUAACAUAAGGUUUUUUGUUUUUUUUUAAGUUCACAAAUCUUCUUAAGAAGCCGCCCUGUUGUGUUUUGUUAAGAUAUCACCGUUUGUUAAGAUACCGUGGACAGGUGAUCACGAUGGCCAAGGUGUCCCAGAAAUAAACAGUGACUGGACUAAACUAACAGGACUUGACAGAAACAUGGCUGCUUUUUUCUUUUUUUCUUUUCUUUAGAAACAGCGCCACACUUGGUCAUGGGUUAUGCCUGGUAUUGCAGCUUAGCUUCCCUUGUAAAUAGAGCCGAGCUGGAAUAGCACACACAGUGAACAGGUGUGGCAGAGGUUUUUGGAAGAAAGCAGCUAUAUAUAUAACAUUGGAAAAAAAAAUAAUAAUAAUAAUAAUAAUUUUAUUUUAUUUUUUCAAUUUUAUGACUACCCUUUUAGUCCUUGGCUACUUUUUGUAGUGUUACUGAUUUGGUUUUAUCUAUCAAGCUACAGUCCAAGAGAAUACACUGCAUUGUAUGCAGACUUGUGGACCGCAGCGGAUACUCCGUAGUUAAAAUCAGCAGCGCUUAAUCUAGCCAAGUGUUUCCCAACGAGUGUGCCUCCAGCUGUUACAACUGGCACCAGUUGAUUUAAAAAAAAAAAAUGUAAUAAAAAAAAAAAAAAAGCGACACGUCAUCAGGUUGUUCGUGGUAUUGAAGCUCAAGUGAUUGGAGCCCUGCUGUAAUACCACAAGCAACCUGAGGACAGGUGUGGUGCUGUUUUUGGCCGAAAUUACCCUAAAGAGGUCCCUGUCAUGAAACACCAUUUCUAGAUAAAGUACACUCUCUGGUCUCACUGUAUACACAGUUAACCCAUUGUAGUCUCAGUUACUGAUGGAAAAUCUACAUAUCAAACAGUAAAAGUACUCUCUACGGGUGUAUUACUAAUCUCUCUAAUCUCCAGGGGCAUCCCCUGUUUGGACUCGUGAAGAAUUUUGUAUUUUAAGAGGUUUAUUUGGCAGGAUGACUACCUCAGAUGCCGUAUUUGUAGUUUUUUACUUGCCCGUAUAAUGUUAAAAAGUGCAUCUGUAAGCUUACUGUGCUGCCGUAAAGGGGUACUCCACUGGAAAAAAUAAUUUUUUUAAAGUCAACUGGUGUCAAAAGCCUAAACAGAUUUGUAAAUUACUUCUAUUAAAAAAUCUUAAUCCUUACAGUACUUCAGCUGCUAUAUGAUCCACAGGAAGUUCUUUUCUUUUUGAAUUUCCUUUCUGUCUGACCACGGUGCUCUCUGCUGACACCUCUGUCCAUGUCAGGAACUGUCCAGAGCUGUAUAGGUUUGUAUGGGGAUUAGCUCCUACUCUGGACAGUUCCUGACAUGG